CACACGUCUUCUCUCUUUUAAAUACAAAAUCCAACCAACAUUCAUUUAUUCACCCGCUUUUUCCUCAUCAACUCAAAAUUCCAACAAUGGCGCCCAAGAAAAUUAUCAGAACAAUUCCAACUGCACUUCUCAUUUUCUCUCUCCUGUUCAACCUCACCUCUGCUCUUCAGAAACUCGGACAAACAUGCGCUGCAGAUCGAAAUUGCGAUCAAGGACUUCAUUGCGAAACUUGCGUCGCUAAUCGUAAUCUUCGCCCUCGCUGUACUCGCAUUCAACCUGUUAAUCCUCUCUCUAAGGUGAAAGGAUUGCCGUUCAACAGAUACUCGUGGUUAACGACUCACAACUCGUUCGCUAGACUCGGCCAGAAAUCGGCUACUGGUGCCGUAAUUCUCGCUCCUACUAAUCAGCAGGAUUCUGUUACGUCUCAGCUUAACGAUGGUGUUAGAGGAUUUAUGCUUGAUAUGUAUGACUUCAACAAUGAUGUUUGGCUGUGCCACUCUUUUGGUGGGAGAUGUUACAACAAUACAGCCUUUAAACCUGCAGUAGAAGUCUUGAGGGAGAUGCAGACCUUCCUUGAGGCUAACCCUUCUGAGAUUAUCACCAUAUUUAUUGAAGACUAUGUUACAUCACCCAAGGGUCUGACUAAGGUGUUUGAUACUGCCGGCCUCAGGAAGUAUUGGUUUCCAGUAUCCCGAAUGCCCAAAAAUGGGGGUGAUUGGCCCAUAAUUGAUGAUAUGAUUCAGAAAAACCAGCGACUGUUGGUAUUCACUUCAAAAGCUAAUAAAGAGGCUUCUGAAGGGAUUGCUUACAAUUGGAGAUAUGUCUUAGAAAAUCAAUAUGGUGAUGGGGGUAUGGUAGCUGGCUCAUGUCCUAAUCGUGCAGAAUCACGUCCCAUGAACACGACCUCUAUAUCCCUAGUGUUGGUCAAUUAUUUUAGUACCGUACCAGAUUUAGCCACUGCCUGCAAGCACAAUUCAGCUCCACUAGAAAGCAUGUUGGGCACCUGUUAUAAUGCAUCAGGAAAAAGAUGGGCCAAUUUUGUGACUGUUGAUUUCUACAAGAGAAGUGAUGGAGGUGGAGCUCCAGCUGCUGUAGAUGAAAUGAACGGUCAUCUAGUUUGUGGAUGUGCCAGCAUUGCGCAGUGCAGGGCUAACAUGACAUUCGGAUCCUGUAAUUUUCCUCAAGCUGAACCCUACCCACCCAUGGUAGCACCUAUUUCAAGCAUUGGCUAUUCGAGGAAGUUGGUUCCGCUUUGGUGGAUGUUCGGGACCAUUUCUCUUGCCUGUUUGAUGUCGUUGUGAAGCUAUUUCCUGGGAUCAAUCCACUUUUACACCACUGCAAUUACUUUGUAGAUUGAGGAAGACAAUAAACAUUAAUGUAAAAUUUGUGUAAUUUACAAUCCAAUUAUUUGAUACGGUGUUUAUUAAAUAUGUAAUCCAAUGGUGAAAUGGCUUUAGCAAACAAGCUGCGUAAUUUUUAUUGGGACAUUUUUUAUGUGAAUGUUAACCCAAAUUCAUCCUCAUUGGAAGAGUGAUAGGAAGGUGACUAUUGACUAGCAUGUAAAAAUUGUGUAGUCAUGCUUUAUGUUGUCAUGAUUUUAGAACAAAAUCACACUUGACUUGUUUAAGUCUCCUAUUCGUUUAUUUGAGUUGUAUGCAAUUGCAUUGUAACAAUGAGCGAGCAAAAUUGAGAUAAUUCAGUAGUCUAGUGUGAUUCAAAAUACGAUAGUAUUGAAAUCCUAAAUUCAAACCCUUUUGCCCUACCCUAAUAUUCAAUUAAUUAGUUUAGGAGUAUAAUACAUCAUAUCAAAAAGUCUUUCGUCUCCUUUGAAUAAAAAAAAUGUUAAUUACUUUUACAUCAAAGCAUUGUUACAUGUAUAAUGGAAGUUGAUUACUCAUUGAUUGCCAUCAAUCGCACUAUACAUUGCAUGAAAGACUCCACUACAUUAUCAUUAUUAUUACUACUAUUACCAUGCUUAAUCCAUAAUUGAGCCCCAUCAAAAAUAAUUAACAAUCAUGCUUAGAUUAGUUGGUCAGAAUUGAAAUCAAAAGAAAUUGAGUCAAAUUAACGAUCUACUACCACUAGUAGUAAGCUUUAAAUGGGAGCUUAGCUGGCACACGUGCGAGGUAGCACGUGGUAGAAAGGGGUAAGAGGGAGCAAUAGUAAUUAGUAAGCUGUCUCCGGCAAGGUUGUCGGGUUGACCAGAGACAAACGUUGGCGGUAUCUUUUGUUUGAGCAUUCACUCGUGCCACGCACUCACCUCUCCCACGCGUGCACCCGCCGCUAAACGACAACCACCAAUUUUCUCUCUCCUCUGGCAUGUGCCAGAUUCUUGUCAUUCUAUCCUCCAAUCAACAUUCAGUCUCUUCUUUAACUUCUCUGUUGCUUUUGCUGCUUCAUUCAGAUCAUAUUGAAUUGUUAGCUUCAUUUUAACAUUUUUUACAAUAGUGAAGUGAUCUACAAUUUGCAAUGUGCCAAUGUGUUUUUCAUGGAUGUUUUUGUUUGAGGACAUCAAAUACACGAAGUGCAUUUGGUUUGUGAAAGGGACUAGAGAGUGUGGAGGACUACAAGGAGGUUAGGAGGACGAGGUUGUGGAUUGAUCGAGUUUUAAAAGCAGAUUAUGUUAUUAGGGUUUGUUUGAGAUGUGUUUUCUUAUUUUGUGACGAACAACAUUUCUAAGAAAAAUUAGAUUCUAAUUAAUUUUCAUUUGCAUAUUU